CUUAUGCAAGGCUGAAUUACCAACAGGGAAAGCAGGCAACUUCCCCAGAUCCCCAAAAAGCUCCAGGCUUGCUGUUUAUGCUGUAUUUUAGGUGGGUCCAACUCUUCUUACCUGACCCUGAAGCCCUGUCUUGAAGAAGGCCAUUGUGUCAAAAUCUAGUAUUCAGACCUUUAUGAUUUCAGGUUUGUGCCACAUGUAGCAUAAGUAUGUUGGGGGCAUUUGCCUUUAUUAGAUAAUAAACAGUAAAGAGCAGAUGGGAAAUGAGGGGAGAGAAAGAUGAGGAAUGACAUAUAAAAUACGUCUGUGGCCCCACUCAAAUCAGGGACAUUGCUGUUCUAUGGUCAGUGUCUUAGACCCCCUGGCCACCAGGACACCCAUUUUGCCAUGGCUGUAUGAACAAGUUACAGGCCUUUGGGCAAAAUUUGCUAUUUGGCCAUUAUUGACACCCCUGAAGUAGUUUAUGGUGAUUAAAUUUCAAAUAUUUGAUUACAUGAAAUUUAAUUUGGGAAAAAAAUGAGAUUACAUUUUUAAUUUGGGCAAUGUGAGCACAAUAUAAACUAAGAUAAUUAAGUUCUUAGUUAGGGUCCAAUUAAGGUAAAAAAUUGCAGUUAAUGAAAUUACCAAAACCAACAAAGCCUGAAGCUUUGGAGCCCCUGCUGUUCUGAGACCCCAGCAGCAGUUGUUUGCUUUGCUUGGUUGGUAAUCUAAUCUAGUCUUUCUUGUUGCAUAGUCCUAAAUGAACAUGUUUAAUUAAAUUACCACACAGCAUAUCUGGGGCCAGGUAGCAUUCCAGAAAAAACUGAGGUCAACACGCCUUUUUCACUGAAGAGAUUUUGACAUGUCACAGUAGGAAAAUUAUUUACAAUUACAUUUAGCUGCUUCGUCUUCAAGGUCCUGGUACUGUGCACAUUGUCAAUUAUUACUGGCCCACUUGAAUUAAAAUGAGCCAUCCUUUCUAUUGUUAGUAACACCUGUGCUUUUCCUGCUAUGACAAGUCAAAUGUCUUCUGUGAAAAAGGCUUACAGGGGCCCAGGAGAUCAAUUAUGCCCUGGGGGCCCCCUGGCAGGGUAAUCCGGCCCUGCCCCCCAUGGUUGUUCACACACUGCGAGGGUCUCUUUGUUUAGAAUAACAUGCACUCACAAACCAUGCAAAAGGCAACAAUAACACAGCGAGAAUGAAAAAAAAAACGUGCCCCCACGAUCAUACAAAUUACAAGAAUAACACAGCCACAAUGAAAAACAGUGAAAACAACUUUUAAGGGGCACUGAUAAAUCAAUUUACCAAAAACAAAACUUACUUUGAUGUCUGCCAGUAGACAUAUUUAGCACGUAUUAUCUUCCAUACAAAUGAACUGACUGUACCUGUCUACCCCCUGAGUUGCUGCCCCUCUCAGCCAUCCGCCGUUGCCAAGGUUUCCGUGUACGCGCUGCCUGCGAGAGCGGAGCGGAGCCGCGCGAUUGUCAUACAGUAUUGCCAGACAUGGCGGCGGAUCUACAACCCGAGUGGCUUUCUUGUCUCCCUUCUUCCUGGAGUUAUGGGGUUACUCGGGAUGGACGCGUCUUCUUCGUUAACGAAGAAGCCAAGAGUACAACCUGGCUGCAUCCAGUGAGUGGCGAAGCGGUAAUAACCGGACACAGAAAAACUCCAGACCUACCCACUGGAUGGGAAGAAGGAUAUACUUUCGAGGGAGCGCGGUGCUUUAUCAAUCACAAUGAGCGGAAGGUGACCUGCAAGCAUCCUGUCUCAGGCGUACCCUCACAAGACAACUGCAUCUUUGUCGUCAACGAACAAUCUGCCUCUAAAGUGCCAGCGAAUGAGAAGAAGGAACGGCCACUAAGCACCAUGAGUGAGGCCUCCAACUACACAGGCGGCUUGGACUGCGCCGCAAACCCCAGCAGCCCAGCAGGAAGACCCUCAAGACCUCCUAAAAAGAUUCAUAAUUUUGGGAAGAGAUCCAACUCUAUCAGGAGGAAUCCUAGUGCCCCAGUUAUCAAGAGAAACUGGCUUUAUAAACAGGACAGUACAGGGAUGAAGCUGUGGAAGAAGAGGUGGUUUGUGCUGUCUGAUUUGUGCCUCUUCUACUACAGAGAUGAAAAAGAGGAGGGGAUACUUGGCAGCAUCCUUCUACCAAGCUUUCAUAUAUCAAUGCUGUCUGUGGAUGAUCACAUUAACAGAAAAUAUGCCUUCAAGGCAACGCAUCCCAACAUGCGAACAUACUACUUUUGCACAGACACAGCCAAAGAGAUGGAGUCUUGGAUGAAAGUAAUGACAGAUGCCGCACUUGUGCAUUCAGAGCCAGUCAAAAGGUUGGACAGGCUAAAAGUGGAGCAGUGUGGACCACAGGAGGUCAACCACGUGGCUAAUCACAGGCCACCACUCACACAGCCUGAAAUCCAGAAAAACGAACGCAACCGCGAGGUGGACCGUGAGCACACUGCAGCAGUAACCUCCGCCACGGCAGAAGAAGAAAGGAAGCAGCGAGAUGCUGAGCGCUACGGCUUCCAGAAAGACGGGGCAGAGCGUGAGCGUCCCCUCACCAAGAUCAACAGUAUCAAACUGCAGCCAGCCCAGGCAGCAGCCAUCACGGCUAACAUCACCUCACCACGGACUCCAACAGAGAUGGACGGGUCAAACCGCAGCCCCCAGGUCAAUGGAGCUGGUGAGCAGUGUCCAGCUGAUGGAAACGGAGUCCCUCCUCAACGAAGUCCCACCCAUGAGCCAGAAAGAACCCUGAGUAGGACCAGCUCUAUGCAGCAGCUGGAGCAAUGGGUCCGCACACAGAGAGGACGCAACCAGGAUGAUGACACGAGGAGCGUUGCAUCAUACCAGACGCUGCCUAGAAACAUGCCAAGCCAUCGGGUACCCUAUAUGCCUCUUUAUGGCGACGGCUACCGCAGUAUGCCCAGGAAUAGCAUGGCACAGCGGGACAGCAUCUGCAGCAUGUCGCCAUCGAUGUACGACCAGGCCCUGGGUCCCUCGCCGGUUGACAAGCGCCGCUCCAUGCGCGACGACACCAUGUGGCAGUUAUACGAGUGGCAGCAAAGGCAGGCCUACUGCAGGCCACCAGGGCUCUACAGCAAUAUGGCCAGUCCCAAAACCAUGAUCAACCUGUCAGAACAUGCCGCACCGAGCCACUCCAUCCCCCCCUCACCUUCUCACGGCUCCCUGUCCAUGUACGGUGGCUACUCUCCGAUGCGAUCCUACAACAUGAACAGUGCCCGAUCAGAGGUAUCCUCUCCCAUCUACCAAAGAGACAUGAGCAUCGACAGGCGGCACAGGCCACAACUCAACAAGUAUGCGUACCCACCAGAUAGGAGGUCUAUGCCUGCAGGAAUCCCAGUUCAGACUAUCACUGCCCAGUCUCUCCAAGGCAAAACACCUGAGGAACUGACUCUGCUGCUGAUAAAGCUGCGGCGGCAGCAGGCAGAGCUAAACAGUAUCCGGGAGCACACUGUAGCACAGCUUAUGCAACUAAACAUGGAUGACGACAACCCAAAGCUGAGCCCAGAAGACUACAGAGAACACGCCUACCCAUGCAUGCCAGAAGAGGUGGACAUUGAUACCAAACUUAGCAGGUUGUGUGAGCAGGAUAAAUUGGUGAGGACACAGGAGGACAAACUUCAGCAGCUGUACAGAGAGAAGCACACCCUGGAGACAGCCCUGCUGUCAGCCAGCCAGGAGAUAGAGAUGGGCUCUGAUAACCCAGCUGCCAUGCAGAGUGUCAUCCAGCAGAGAGACUUGCUGCAGAGUGGCCUCCUCAGCACCUGCAGAGAGCUGUCCAGAGUCACAGCUGAGUUGGAGAGGUCAUGGAGGGAGUAUGACAAGCUGGAAGGAGAUGUGACUCUGGCUAAGAACAACCUGCUGGAGCAACUAGAAGCGCUGGGAAGCCCUCAGACUGAGCCUCCCAGCCAACAGCACGUCCGCAUCCAGAAAGAGCUUUGGAGGAUCCAAGAUGUGAUGGAGGCCCUCAAUAAACACAAAGCCCAGAGAAAUGCUGUCGACGGUAUGAGCUUCUAUGGGCCCAAGACCAACUUCAGCAAGCACAAAACCGAGGAGGACUUGGUACCCCCACGGCCACCCUUACCCCAGUCCUACGAGCCCAACCCCCCCACCGUGCCCCCUUUGCCCUCUAAUGUUGGUGCGCGCCCUUCAUCAAUCCACAGGCCGGAGGACAGGAAGGCCAAUCACAGGAAUGGCACACGCAGCGGCCCGGACUAUAGGCUGUAUAAGAGUGAACCGGAGCUCACCACAGUGGCUGAAGUGGAUGAGAGCAACGGAGAGGACAGAUCUGAACACCCAUCUGAUCAUCCUGGAAACAAAGGGAUGUCCUACCCAGUGGGCAUCGUCCCACCCAGGACCAAAUCUCCAGUGCCUGAGUCUUCCUCCAUAGCUUCAUAUGUUACCUUAAGAAAGAGCAAGAAGCCCGACCCCAGGACGGAGCGUCCACGAAGCGCGGUGGAGCAGCAGCUGUGUGCCGCGGAGACCGGCCGGCCCAGGAUGAGUGUAGAGGAGCAGCUGGAGAGGAUUCGUCGCCACCAGCAGGGUGCACUCAGGGAGAAGAAAAAAGGCCUCAGCAUCCGGGGUAGCAGCCAGGAGAACACACCCUCUCGCAGCCACUCAUUUACUAAAGAUAACCAUUUCCGCAGCAUGCAGUCCCAAAUGAGGCGCAGGGAUGAGGUGAUGAGCAGUGACAUUCUGGAGCUGGAGGCCUCACUCAGGCAGCAGGAGGUGGUGAGGGAGCAGGAGACGCCCGCUGAGGAGAUUGCCCGUCUGAAAGAAGCCUCGCAAGCUGACCACUUUAAUGUGGACCGAGAACUUUCUGUGCCCGACAAAGUGCUGAUUCCUGAGCGUUACAUGGAGUCAGACCCAGAGGAGGCACUGAGCCCUGAGCAGGAGGCUGAUAAGCAGAGGAAAGUUGACCGCAUCAAAGCCCUCAUAGCCAAAAACAGCAUGCAGAAUGUGCUGCCUAGUAUGGCUUUAAGCCCAGAGGAGGAGACUGA